AUGACGGUUGGUGACAAUAACUCCGAAAAUGAUGGUGUACUCCGUCAAAUUAUCACUGGUGACAUUGAAGAGGUUCUCAGUAACCAUGAAUUAGAUCUAAGUGAUAGUGAAGAUGAAGAUCAUUUCAUUCGUAAAUAUGGAGAUAUUCAGUAUCAAUAUAUCAAAAGACCUCGUGAGUCUGUAUGGUUUAUUAGACCACACGCUUUAAACUACUUUAUGGAUGGUGUAUUAUAUCGUACUAAAGGUGAACGUUCAUCCGCUAAAACAGAAUUGUUUUUGGACUUACUUUAUGUAGGUAUCAUUGCUAACUUGGCAGGUGCUGCUUCAGAAGCAGCUACGUUUGAAGCAUUAUUGAAGUAUAUUCUUUUAUUCCUACCAGCUUGGGUAGUGUGGGCAGACAUUAAGGACUUUACCAAUUACUACUACAACGAAGAUCUUCUGCAAAGAUUAUAUAUUUUUUGGAUCAUUACUGUAUUGGCUUUUUAUGCCAAUAAUGCUCAUAAAGUGUGGGACGGUGUUCAUGGAGGGGCACUCACUUAUGUUCCCUAUAUGGUUUGUCGUCUUCUGUUGGCCAUUAGUUUGCUUAUUUAUUCCUUCUACAUUCCUCAACAUCGUGCCCAACUGCGUGUCUAUUCUUUUACUAUCUUUAUAACUUCGGCCCUAUGGAUCCCAAUUAUCUUCUUCAACCCAUUGGGUAAGAAAAUUGCCUCGGCCGUUUUAUUGGUGUUGGAACAAGUUUGCUUUUCUGUUUGCUAUUCUCCGUGGUUUAAGAAGAAGUUGAAUUUGCGUACUUCUACAGCUUUAAACAUUGAACAUGAAGUUGAACGGUUCUCAGCUUUUGUCACCAUUGCUAUUGGAGAAUUCUUAUAUAAAGUGGUAGCUUCCAAUCCAUUAGGUGUUGGGUUCAACCCAAAGUUUCUUAGAGGUGUUUUCUUAUUACUCAUUGCUUAUACCUUUGCAUGGCUUUAUAAUCAUGGUUCAACUUCGAAAAAGGCUAUACAUCCUUUAAGACACCUGGCUACUAGGGCUAUUUCUUGGAUCUACUUUCAUAUUCCAUUAAUUGCGGCCUUGAUCCUUGCAGCUGAUGCAGGUGGUGACUUCUGUGAACUUGAUGAAACUGAUAUUUGGGCAAUCCUUGUGGAAGGAGAAGAACAUGAACAUCGGAGUCUUCAUAAAUUGGCUCUAUUCUUUUCCGGCGGAUUGGGAGUUGCAUUAUUCUCGUUAUUCAUUAUUGGACUCUUGGAUGUUCCUAAAGAUCCAGCUGGCUUGCACAUUAUUCCUCGGACACCAAGAAUUGCUCUUCGUCUUCCUGUGGCCGUAAUCUUUAUCGGUCUUCCCUUUGCUCAUAUUAGUUCUACAUUACUUAUGGGUAUCUGUGCAUUACUUCUUACAAUAAUCGUGGUGUUUGAAAGUAUAGUAAGCACUCCCAAGGAAUGUUUAUGGAGACCUUCUAUACAAUUAGCAGAUGAUCAUUGUGAAUGA